UGGCUGCGGAACGGAGGAGUCAGUUUUCACGGGGGUUGAUCAAAAAGUUUCCCUGCACUUUCCAAAGCUGCUGUCUGAGCGGAGGCAUUGGGAAGAGGAGGCCCAUUGCUCCAGCAUUCCUCAGAAAAGCUACUCGCAUGAAAUGAGAAGGCUCCUCUAUCCAAGGAUUUGCAGCCAAGAAAAGCCGCGGAGAGGCCAUUCUCCUGCUUUUCUCCCACAGCCCGCGCGGCAGUCGCUCAGCUCUCACUUCUGGCAUGCGUCUCAUCCCUCAGGAUACUAUGUCACAGUACUCCACUAACUUCCUCCUGCUUCCCAUACCCGAGUACCCCGUGCUGGACUGUGCACCCAACAAGAUCAUCAAGCUCGUGGUGCUGGGCGGCAGUAGCGUUGGCAAGACGGCCCUGGUUGUGCGCUUUCUCACAAAAAGAUUUAUUGGGGACUACGAAGCCAACACUGGUGCUUUGUAUUCGAGGAAGUUCACCAUAGAUGGGGAACAGAUCUCCCUACAGGUGCAGGACACACCUUUUGUUUCACUGGAGGACGACACGGACAGCAUUUGCUGCCAAGAGCAAAUAAACCGCUCGAUCUACUGGGCAGAUGGCUUCGUGUUCGUCUACUCCAUCACAGACUAUGAGAGCUACCGAGUCAUCCGGCCGCUCCACCAGCACAUCCGCAAGAUCCACCCCAAUGCCAACAUUCCCCUGCUGCUGAUGGCCAACAAAGGAGACCUCCUGCGAGCUAGGCAGGUGUCCUCCAAGGAAGGACUCCAGCUGGCCAGUGAGCUGGGGGGCACUUACUACGAGGUGUCAGCCCGGGAGAACUGUGAGGGCGUCCACGAAGCCUUCCAGCAGCUGUGCCAGGAGGUCAGCAGGAUGAUCGGGAGCUGCAAUGGAGAGAAGCGAAGGGGCCUCCACCUCGUCCGCCCCAAGUCUCCGAAUAUGCAGGACUUGAAGAGACGUUUGAAACAGGCUCUGACUUCCAAAGGGAAAUCUGCCACUACGCUUUGAUGUGAUCGACAGAAAUUGUUUCCCACAGCCCUGAAAAAAAAAAAAGGCAAGAAAGCAAGCUGGUGUUAAGGAGCAUCUCCAAAAUUCAACAGUCAGGUUGUGCAAGAGGGUCUUUCAUUUUGUCUUUGCCUCUGCCUUAGAAAUUCUAUAUUCAUUCAGCAAAAGGGACUUACUGACAGUGC